ACGAGUGUUAAGGACUUUAGUAGCAUUUUCAUGAAUCAAGAGCUUAUUUUACCUUUAGAAAAACUUUAUUUUUUUAAUUUCUAUAAAUUAUUCGUAUUGAUAAUAAAUGAAGAGCGAAUACAUGACAUAUAACGAAUUUUAUGAAUAUAUACCAACAACAACAGGGUACGAACUGACCCGGCUACCUAACAUGGCUACGUCAACAAACGAAAUCAUUUGAAGCUGGGAGUUUUCAGGUCGUGUGGGGCUUUAAUGAAUAUUUGAAGGUAUGUUUAGACACAAGUAUAGUAGGAAAAUAUGUUAAGAAUUUUUUGAUAUUAAAUUUAUGAGACAGUAACUCAAGAAUACAACGAUAUAAGGCCUCAACCGUGCGCAGCUUUUUGUGCGCCGUAAAUCGAAGGUUUUUAUAAGGGGUGGCUCUGUAGCUCUCUGUUAUGUCAAAAUAUUUUUUCAGAGAGCUACAGUUCUGCAGCUACACUGAGCUAUGACAUUGUAGCCAGGAACAACAACGUGCAGUAGAUUCUGUACGUGAAGGUUUCAGUAAACGGAUUGACGAAAACAAUCAGACUUAUGCCUUGAAGGAUACUUGUUUUGGAUUUAAGGAUGAUUGCAACACCAUGCAAAGACAUUUGAUAUGAAUGAAAAGUGGAGGAUAUGUGCAGCAAUAUUUUGGAAUUGAAAACUAUCAAAUUUACUUUAUUCAGUCAAACAAUACUUUUUUAGUCGAAAGCAAAGUGAAAUAAAUUUAAAACCCCUGCUGAACUCGAACCCGCGACCAACAGUUCAGCAGUCGAUGUGCUAACAUACUGAUGCUUGAAAUGAAUAGAAAAAUAUUGCUGAUAUAUAUAUUUUCAUCCAUGUUUUCAAAGGAUCUCAUCUAUUACGAACUGGAAAUAGAAAAGCAUAUAGAAUUCGGGAAUGUACACAGGUUUGGGCAUUUUAAUCGAGGAAAGAUCGCCUCAUAGUUGAUAUGAUAGGUGUUAAACGAAGUAUUUAUAUAAGCUCAAAGGAUAGCCUUUCGGUGUACACGAGCAAUUUUCUUGGAAGAUGCACGCAGUUCUAAACAAGGUACAAUACCAAAUGAAGUGCCUGGAUCUGCGUCACGUAAAGAAAUUGAUGGAUAAACAAGUGCAAGUAAGCCUACAAAUGGGUUUGGACAUUUUAAUCGAGGAAAGAUCGCCUCAUAGUUGCUCGGGUCCUCUACCAUCUAGAGAUAUGACGGGUGUUAAAGGAAGUGUUUAUAUAAGCUCAAAGGAUAGCCUUUCGGUGUGCACGAGCAAUUUCCUUGGAAGAUGCACCCUGUUCCAAACAAGGUACAAUACAAAAUGAAGUGCCUGGAUCCGCGCCACGUGAAGAAAUUGGUUGAUAAACAAGUGCAAGUAAGCCUACGAAUGGUGUUCAUUGGGGUAGAACAUGCGACGAAGCGAUAUAAUCUAUUCUUAAAAUCAGUUUAAACAAUUCAUCAUCUGACGGCCAUCAUUUGCAAAGUACGUUUGAAUGUGUUACACUACAUCGUCUAGGGGAAUUUAAAAAUUCCAUACAUAACAGAACUGGUUGUUUUGAAGCAAAUAUGUCUGUAGGAGAAACGUUUUCAGCUUCUUCGACAUUUUUGAAGAUAUGCUUGGUGCUAGCUCCAUUGCAGACUUUAUUGUACAUCAUCGGGUUCUCCACUACCGGCUGGGUGACAAAAAAGGCAUCAGUUAAUUUUGACAAUAACAAUAUAGGGAUUAACUUCGGCAUUUCGUUGGCGACAAUACAGGAAGGCUUGUGGAAAGUCUGCAUUGCAGAUUCGUGUGCAGAAAUCUCAUGGGAGCAAGUUUCCGGCUGGCUACACGCUACAAGGCUUUUUGCCACGAUUGCUUUGAUCGGGUUCAUGAUGUCCACUGCUGGUGUGUUCGUCUGUCUGUUUAUCACAGAACUAUCACAGAGGCGGAUCCUACAUAUUUUGACGACUGUACUAGCUGCCGGGACAGGUGUAGCAGUUUUGGUUGCCGUAUUAAUAUACGGUUCACAUUACAACAAUCCUAUUCACCACCGUAUUUCGUUCACAAUGGAUCUUGGUUGGUCUUUUGGCCUCUGUGUGGGCGCCCUGGUUCUAGAUAUCAUAACCACCAUCUUGCUCAUAAUCAAUGUUGUUAAGAAACCCAAUUUGUAGAUAUAGAUACUCUACCAUUACCAUUGUAAACACUCCAAUGUAAUUAAUGUAACCUUGACUUGGUGCCGGGAUCAUAAAACUAUAAUGCGCUCAUCUUUUAAUUAAAUCUUCAGAAUUAAAGUCCUUCAUCUGGUUGGGGGACUGGCUUCGCCACUGGGAGGUCUGGGUUCGAUUUCGGCACUAGUCACAAUCGUGUUUUUAAGAUAAGUAACAUUGCUCCUACGGCUCAGAGCCCCAUACAUGGGUCAAUUUGUGGCACUUCAACACCAAGUGAUGACAUAUUUUUAUUAGAGAAAAUUUUUCGAAGUGGAAUAAAAACAGUAAACAAACAAAACCUUCAUACAUCACAAUGGCUAACUACCUUACCUCUCUACAUAAUGAUCGACUCUUGACUAUAUCACAAUGAUCGACUCCUGAUAUAUCACAAUGAUCGACAACCCAGUCCUGAUAAAUCACAAUGAUCGACUACCCAGUCCUGAUAUAUCACAAUGAUUGACUACCUAGUUCUGAUAUCUCACAAUGAUUGACUACCUAGUCCUGAUAUAUCACAAUGAUUGACUACCUAGUCCUGAUAUAUCAUAAUGAUUGACUACCUAGUUCUGAUAUAUCACAAUGAUUGACUACCCAGUCCUGAUAUAUCACAAUGAUUGACUACCUAGUUCUGAUAUAUCACAAUGAUUGACUACCCAGUCCUGAGAUAUCACAAUGAUUGACUACCUAGUCCUGAUAUAUCACAAUGAUUGACUACCCAGUCCUGAGAUAUCACAAUGAUUGACUACCUAGUCCUGAUAUAUCACAAUGAUUGACUACCUAGUUCUGAUAUAUCACAAUGAUUGACUAACUAGUCCUGAUAUAUCACAAUGAUCGACUCUUGACUAUAUCACAAUGAUCGACUCUUGACUAUAUCACAAUGAUCGACUCUUGAUAUAUCACAAUGAUCGACUCCUGAUAUAUCACAAUGAUUGACUACCUAGUCCUGAUAUAUCACAAUGAUUGACUAUCUAGUUCUGAUAUAUCACAAUGAUUGACUACCCAGUCCUGAUAUAUCACAAUGAUUGACUACCUAGUCCUGAUAUAUCACAAUGAUCGACUACCUAGCCCUGAUAUAUCACAAUGAUUGACUACCUAGUCCUGAUAUAUCACAAUGAUUGACUAUCUAGUUCUGAUAUAUCACAAUGAUUGACUACCCAGUCCUGAUAUAUCACAAUAAUUGACUACCUAGUCCUGAUAUAUCACAAUGAUUGACUACCCAGUCCUGAUAUAUCACAAUAAUUGACUACCUAGUCCUGAUAUAUCACAAUGAUUGACUACCUAGUCCUGAUAUAUCACAAUGAUCGACUACCUAGCCCUGAUAUAUCACAAUGAUUGACUACCUAGUCCUGAUAUAUCACAAUGAUUGACUAUCUAGUUCUGAUAUAUCACAAUGAUUGACUAUCUAGUCCUGAUAUAUCACAAUGAUUGACUACCUAGUCCUGAUAUAUCACAAUGAUUGACUAUCUAGUUCUGAUAUAUCACAAUGAUUGACUAUCUAGUCCUGAUAUAUCACAAUGAUUGACUAUCUAGUUCUGAUAUAUCACAAUGAUUGACUAUCUAGUCCUGAUAUAUCACAAUGAUUGACUACCCAGUCCUGAGAUAUCACAAUGACUAACUGGCCUAGCCCUCGUACAUCACAAUGGUUGAUCGACACAAUACAAAAUAUGCUAUCGAGUUAGAAACGAAGAUAUCGACAGCAAAUGAUCGUUGAUAUGAAGCCAUAAUCAAAGUCAUAUCUGAAUGUCGUUAUCGACAGCAAAUGGUCGUUAGAAAUUACCAGCAUGGUUUGAUUGACAGUUGAUAGCAACACGAUCCCCAUACUGCAUCAUGUCUUGGACGUGGGGCAUAUCUUAAAAAUGAGGUUGUCUCACUUUUAUAACCCCGACCCCUGGUCCUCUGUUUUGUUUAGAAGCUCUUGUCUGCAUAAUAUAUAUUGAUAUUGUAUAUUGAUGGUAUAGUUUAUUGAUAUUAUUGGAUAUUGCAUAUGCAUAUUAGUGCAUAUUCAUAUUACUGCAUAUUCAUGUUAAGGGACUGGUUCACAAUUUUUGAGAAAAAUAUUUUUCAUUUUUGAUGUUAAACAUUAAAAAUAUAACUCAUUUAGCCUUAAAUCUGUGUUAUGUAAACAAAGACUCGAGUCUUUUAAUGUAUACAAACAAAGCAGUGAAACAAUAAUUUUGUAAUAUAAAGCAUCUUAAUUCUGCAGAGUCACAAAUUUUAACUUUUAGAUUACACAUUUUACCCAAAGAAUGGUUGAAAUGUGAAAGAUAUGAUAAACUUUGAUCAAUAUCCAUUUCUUUUGAAAAUUUCGUACACAAUAACACCACAAUCUUUGUUUACAAAACAAAUAAUAAACUCCCUAAAAUGAGCUUCUGUGAUAACGUAUAACCUUAUUUUUUAUGUGAAAUCUUUUAAACAUAUUAGACAGUAGAUUUUGAUCAUUAAAAGUGAAAAGGAAAAUGUUGGGGGAAAUUGUGAAUCAGUCCCUUUAUUGCCUGUUCAUAUUGUUGCCUAUUCAUAUUAUUGGUUAUUCAUAUUCACAAUUUUGUAAAUUGAAAUUUGUAUAUUGGUAUCAUUGUAUAUUGAUAUUAUUGUAUGAGUCUCCUUAAUAUCGUCAUUGGACUUAUGUGGAUACUUUGCUAUAUAUAUGCAAUGCAUCUCAAUAAAGUUUUGAUACACCUUAAUCCAUUAACAAAA